ACUGAAUAUAUUUUAACGCAUCUACAUGGAUUGAUUUUUGACUCUGCUCAAACAUCAUACUCGCCUAAAUCACUUCAAUUUUCCGAGCCCACGGCUAUUCAAAAAAACUUUGCCCAUGUAUUAUCUGGACGCGCUAAUUGGGGCGGCGGAAACUGGAUCGGGGAGAAUACUUGCAUUUGGACUUCCUAUUAUACACGAUAUCAUAUAUUGAGCAUUGGAAAGUUUGAUGACGUCAAGUGUUCAAAGCAGCGACGACUUGUGGAUAGAUAUUCGAAUAUAAUUGUUGCUACUCCUGGUCGAUUAUGGGCGUGGUCUCAGAG